AUGAGUCCUGUAGCAAAGUUUACUUUUUUCCUGCAGAGAGGCAGCCCUGCACAAUUUUCGUGGCGUACGGCUGUCGAGGCUUCCAACGGGCAUUCUUUGGGCUUGCAGCUGUGCGAGGACGGUUGUACCAUCGCUUCUGUGGACGAUGACUCUUUGGUGGCCGGGUGGAAUGCACUGCAUUCCAGACAGAUAUUGCCUGGCUCUGUUCUUUGUCGGGUGAAUGGUCAGACCGAUCUGGAUAGCAUGGGCCAGGAACUGGCGCAGUUGAAGCCACUGACAUUGGAGGUUCAACUCCUGCAGGACGAGAUGAACGACAGCAAUGUUGACACUGAGUCGACGAGGCUUCGAGAUCGCAUCGAUCUAGAGCAGCAAAGUCGUGAAGCUGCCAUGGAACAGCUGACCAUCUUCAUACAGCAAGCUGUCACGACCGUCUCGAACCGCAUGGAGGAGCUUGCACUGACGCAUGCCGAAAGCCAGCGUCAGCAGCAUUCACAGAUGCGAGCUUUGAGCCAGCUGGUUACGGACACCCAGCAGGCACAGCAAAAGCAGGUGAUCCGAUUAAGUCGAUUAGAAGAGCUUCGCAAGGGCGACUUGCAACGCAUCGAAGAGAUCGAGGCGGACCAGAAGCGUCUCUGCCAAACUUUGCAGCGUCUCACUGAAGACGCACAGCAUCGGACCAACCAGGUGAAUGAAGCGCUGAGAGGGAUCGCCCAGGAUGUCACCUCCUUGGAACAGUUCUGCAGGAAUCGGCGAAGGCCAUCGAAAAGUGACACUGUAAACGGCUCGGAGGGUGGCGCAAGCAUUCCGACACUAGUUGCUUCGGAACAGGGGCUGUUUGGUCAGCCCACAGACCCUGUCAUCAGCAGCGUUGCAGAAGAUGGACCACUUAAACUCAAGACCCAAACUGUCCAGCCAUCCUCUAGCAUGGAGGUGGCAUCCACCAAAGUUCGUACUACGGCCUCCUCAAGCCCAGCGAGUUCCCCUCGUGUGAUUGCAACGCCUGCGGAGAGUGAGCCUGCUCUUCUCAAGCCAGAGCCAGCCUCACAUCCCACACAAGCUACACAAGCUUUUGUUGCACAAGCCACACCAGGCAGACUGUUCACACCCGAGUCGCGCAGAGUCUCCGUGGAGAACGGAAAGCUUGCGGACUGGAUGGCCGUCAGCACUGGAGCCGCGGCUAUGGACCCCCAGCAUGUGCCAAGUCCCACCAGGCACGUGUGGCCAGAGGUGCAGAGGCCAACGACCCUUUGUUCACCAAGAUACCCUUUGUCACCCAGAACAGCCGCCCCAACGAUGGUCGGAGCACUCUCCUCACUGCCAGCGUCUGGCCGUCUACUCUCCCCACAGCGGUCGGCCAUAGCAUCUCCGGCAUUUCCUUCGCCGUCUCGGCCAUUGAGCCCUGCGGGUUUCCACCUGGUGAGGCCCGAGGCAUCUGUGCAAAGCCCACGCUUGACAAGAAUGGUCCAGGGGCCCUUCCCAGUUGUAAUUGCCCCGAACUCUGGUUACACUUCGAGCUGGUCACAGCUUUCCCAGAAUCAAGGGUCGCCGGGACCGCCAGCCCAAGCUUGCGCCUCUUGGAGUUCCCCGGCCGUGCCCGCCGCGCCGCCAAUGCCGCCAUCGACACCACCAGCCGCAGGUGGCCCGCCGGGCCCUGUCCUUCCUGCCACCGAGCGGGCACGACGUGUCACGUCACCGCCGCGGUCAGGCCAAAGUUGA